AAGAUGAGAAGAAACAAAGAGGCUACACUUCAGCUUUUAUAAACUCUAGAGAGAUUAUUUAGCGAACACGACACAACUCCUGCCUUUAUUCAUUAUAUCCUGGCUCUUGACUGUCAAUUCCUCUGUGAAAGCGAUCAGGAAUAGCGGACUUUUAACGUGUUCAUAUGUAAACAGGUCUGAUUGAGGAGAGAAAUCAAGAUGUCCAAACGAGAGAAAAAAAAAACAAUCAUUCAAGACAAAAGACAGAAAAUGUUUCACCUGCACUCAGUGUGGAAAGAGUCUGGCAAACAAAGAGAAUCUCAAGAGUCACAUGAUGAUCCACACUGGAGAGAAACCAUUCACAUGUUCUCAGUGUGGGAAGAGUUUCAGUCAAUCAGGAAACCUUAAAAAUCACAUGAGGAUCCACACUGGAGAGAAACCAUUCACAUGUUCUCAGUGUGGAACGAGUCUGGCAAACAAAGAUACUCUCAAGAAUCACAUGAGGAUCCACACUGGAGAGAAACCAUUUACAUGUUCUCAGUGUGGGAAGAGUUUCAGUCUAUCAGGAAACUUUAAUAAUCACAUGUUGAUCCACACUGGAGAGAAAACGCACAAAUGUGAUCAAUGCUGCAAAACAUUUUUGAUGCUUUCAGGGCUGAAGAAACACCUUACAGUUCAUGCAAAGGAGAAGCCUUAUUCAUGCUCUGUGUGUGGAAAGAGUUAUAGUUGUAAAUAUAAUUUUAAAAAGCAUGAGAAGAUCCACACCAGUGUGAAAGAGUAUAUGUGCUUUGAGUGUGAGAGAACUUUUUUUACAUCUAGAGAAUUAAAACGACACGAGAGCAUUCACACUGGAGAGAAACCUUACAAGUGUUCACACUGCGACAAGAAAUUCAGACUGUUAUCACAAUUGAAAAUACAUGAGAGGAUUCACACUGGAGAGAAACCGUACAAGUGUUCACACUGUGACAAAAGAUUCAUUACAUUAGGGGAGCUGAGAAGACAUGAGAGGUUUCACACUGGAGAGAAACCAUACAAGUGUUCACACUGUGAUAAAAGAUUCGUUACAUUAGGGGAGCUGAAAAAACAUGAGAGGAUUCACACUGGAGAGAAACCUUACAAGUGUUCACAUUGCGACAAGGCAUUCCGUGUGUUAGAAGUUCUGAAAAGUCAUGAGAGGAUUCACACUGGAGAGAAACCGUACAAGUGUUCAGACUGUGACAUGAGAUUCAGUCGUUCCGGAAAUCUGAGAAAACAUGAGAGAAGGACUCAUGUUUGAGGUAAACCUUACCUCUGAAAUCCAAUCCGGCACCCAUUUUGUCAGCUCCCCAUUUUCAGAGGGUAAUGAAAAACAUUUGUGCUUACCUAUGGCUCGCAUAUACUCAACAAAAAUAAUAACGAAACACUUAUUUUUGCUUCCAUUUUUCAUGAGCUGAGUUUAAAGAUCUAAAUUUGAAAGAAGAAAAAACAUGCAGUGUUGCUGGUCCUCCAGGAACGUGGUUAAGAAACACUGAUCUAAAGAUUCUCUACCAUUAGCCAUCUCAAAAGGGGUUUUAUAGACUAUGACCAUACAUCCAACCGGCCUCACAACCCCAUGACCAUGUGUAACCACACCAGCCCAGGACUUCCACAUUCAGUAUCUUCUCCACUAAGAUCAGGGGUGCUCAAAAUCAGUCCUGGAGGGCCGGUGUCUUGCAGAAUUUAGCUUCAACUUGCCUCAACACACCUGACAGGAAGUUUCUAGAAGGCCUAGUUAAAGCUUGAUUAGCUGGUUCAAGUGUGUCUAAUUGGGUUUGGAGCUAAACUCUGCAGGACAAAAGCCCUUCAGGAUCGAAUUUGGGCACCCCUGACCAAGAUGGUCUGAGAUCAUUCAAAUGGACAGCUGCUGCAACAAUCAGUUAACAGAACCAAAUAAUUUCCACACAGACUGUUAGAAAUCAACUCAAGGAAGCUUAUCUGCAUGCUCAAUAUCCUCAUUAAUAUUUUACUGUGCAAAUGCUCACAUUCGAUGGCACCUAGUGCUUUGGAGAGGAGUUCUCUUCACAGAUGAACUCUGGUUUUCAGUGUACAGGACAAACUGGCAGACAACAUAUGUGGUGUCAAGUUGGUGUAGGUGUGCUGUGGUCAAAGUGGUAUGAUACAUACCUGUCAACCCUCCAUUUUUUUCCAGAAUUCUCCCAUAUUGGACUAUUCUAUACCUCUAUCAUCCCGUUUAAGUAUUUCCCAGUAUUUCUCCCAUAUUUUUAAUCUUUCUAUAAAGAAAUUCCCACUAUACACAUAUGUUUGCUACUUCCAACUGCAGGCAGAUCAUUCACUUGACCGGCAAACAAGAAGAAUAGUAGAAGACAAAAUAGUAGUAUAAGAAGAUAAACAAAUAGCAGUAGAAGAAGAACAGCAUACCGAGGAUGGAGGAAUGCAAGAGUGUUGACCUUGGAGUGCCUGUUAAAAAAAGGUGAAAAGGUUGUGUAAAUAUCUCUACCAGUGGGAGGAGGCUUUCUCAUGUAUAUAAGAAGAGCAAGUUCGGGACAUGUCACGCUUAUAAAGUUUGUUGUACAGACUUUAGUAUAUCGCACGAGGAAAGAGUUAUUUGAGCCAGCACGAGAAG